AUGGGGCCCCCAUCCUUUGGAUACCCGCCCGGCGGGAUGGGGCCUCCGGGAGGCGGCGGCCCCGGAGGCGUUCCCCUUCCCCAUCAUGGCGGUCCGGGGGGGGGGCCCCCUCCUCAUCAUGGCGGUCCGGGGGGGGGGCCCCCUCCUCAUCAUGGGGGCCGUGGAGGGGGGGGGGGGCCCGUUGGAGGGUCUACAGGACCAAUGUUUCCUGCUCCCGGCAGUUUUGGAGGCCGCCCUCCUUAUAGUGGGGGAGGCUCUAUGGCACCUCCACCCCCGCCGGGAGGGUUUGGAGCGCCCCCACCCCCCCCUCCGCCCUCCGGCUUUGGAUCGGGGGGCCCCCCUCCCUUCGGGGGCCCAGGCCCUGUCUCGCAUGAAGCAGCGGCGGCCGCUGCUGCCGCUGCAGCCGCUGCAGCGACGCUGGCGGCUGCAACGGGCAGCUUUGGAGGCCUCCCCUUUGUGCCUGCUGCCUCGGGUGGCCUCGUUCCUAUGACGGGUCCUGCCCCUGGGGGCCCCCUCGGGGUGCCGCUGCAGGGGGCCCCUCCGUCUCUCGAUGAACACAUGAAGAGCGUGAGGCCUUCGGACUACGUGCCGCUGAAGGCGGAGAAGGCCUCCCGUCGUGGAGGAGGCAGUAGGGGGGGGGCGCCCAACAGGAAGAGCCAGUUGCUGCUGCAGCGUCUGCAGGAGGAGGGUGACUUUAGCAGGUUGAUGCGGAUGGCGAAGGAGCAGCUCCAGCGAGAGGGCUUCGUCUUCGCCGUGCAACAGCUGGUGGCUGCGAAAAUAAAGGAAGAAGCAGGGGCCGCCGCAGUUGCGGCAGGCAACGAGGCGCAGCUCGUGUCUCUUGUUAGGGAUGAGGGCAGACGGCAGAUCCCGGAACAAGUCAAGAAGAGUCUCUUGAGGGCCAUAGAAACGCUCGCUGGUGUGGAGGCUCCCAAAGCACUCCCGGAGGCCGAUGCGGCAGCAGAGUCGCACACAGACGGCAGCGUGAAGGGCCCGGAGACGAAGGUGCAGCAGGAGGGCGCUGCUGCUGAAUCCGCAGAGGCCUCUGAGGCCCCUUCCAGCACAGCAGCGGCGACAAGGCUGGCGACGAGUCUGUCGGUGAGCAGGAGCCGCAGCGUCAGCAGGGGGGAGAGCUUGGACAGGAGCAGCAGCGGCGGCAGCAGCAGAGGCUACGGCUCUGUCUCCAGGGGGAACAGCCGAGCCGACAGCGAGGAAAAACACGCACUCGGUCGCCGCGUUGCUGCCUUUAGGUCGCUGGCUGCACGGCCUGCUCUCUCUGCGGGGGCCCUUGCGACUGCGGAGCGGCGCAGUCGCAGGAGCCUCAGCACCAGUGGCGGGAGGGGCAGCAGCAGCCACCGAGACAGCGUUAGCAGAGGGGGGAGGAGGAGCAAGGAGAGGAAGAGGAGCGUGAGCCCCCACAGCAGCGGCAGCUGUAGCAGUAGCAGAAGGGUCGCGAGGAGCUCACGGAGGCACGAAGGCGGCCGAAGCCGAAGCACACGGGAGACAGAAAGAAGAGACCACAGCAGCAAAUCCAAACGAGAAGAUAAGGCCAAGAAGAGGCGUAAGCACAAGAGCUCGGGGGGGCACAGCAGCAGCAAAAGGCACAGCAGCAGCAAAAGGCACAGCAGCAGCAAAAGGCAUAGCAGCAGCACACGGCAUGGCAGCAGCACACGGCAAAGCAGCAGCACACGGCAUGGCAGCAGCACACGGCAUGGCAACGUGGGUUCUGCAGCGGGAGGCUCUCGGGGGGGCCGUCGUAGUGGGAAUUCACGAAGCUCUUUGGCACAUUGGAGGCCUUUGGCAUGUGAAACGCGCUGGUUGCCGUCAUCAGCCGCAGCUGGAUAUGAAGGCGAUUUUGGUGGCUCUGCAGCUGCACCUCUACGGGGGCUAAAGGCCAUGUAUAUACAGGUCGAUGGCUGGGCUCUUGGCAGAGCGAGUGCGCUGUCUCGUGGCAAGAGACUGAGCGCGCAGCAUAAAUUUAGAGGCAGGGUGUUGAAGGCCAAAGGCCGGAAAAUACGUGUAGUGUUUAGAGCGCAGAGGAAGGAUCUCUGCCUCCUUCUGGAGGCAGAGAUCCCGGAGUUUGCCUUUCGUGCACCAACUGCCACCCUCGAGAAGGCCUGCAACGGUCUUGGAAGACUCCGCACUGCUGCUGCACCUGUAGGCUGGUGUGGUGCUGCGUGA